AUGGCUCCUCGUCCUUCACUCCAGAGCCCAGGAAAAAUCGAGGGUACCUGGCAACCGCUCGCCUUUUUCAGCCGCCAGCUUGUCCCCAGGGAGCGUAAAUACAGCACCUUUGACAGAGAGCUGCUCGCUGUUUGGUUGGCAAUCCGCCACUUCCGCUUCGUCCUGGAGGGCCGUGAGUUUACGGUUUUUGUUGACCACAAGCCCCUUACGGCGAUCGUUGGUGCGGUCCAGCUCGGACUAGACUACGCGCGUAUGGGUGCAGACCAGGCCGCAGACCGCACCCUUCAGUCCCUCAAGGACUCGGACACUGGACUGCAGCUGGGAAAGGUCGCGGUCGGCGCUUCUGGGCGUGCUAAGGUGCACCGCCAUACCAAGGCCCCAUUAGAACCUUUUGUUGUUCCGGAGAGGAGGUUUGACCACGUUAACAUCGACCUGGUGGGGCCGCUUCCCCCUUCACGUGGUUUCACUUACCUCCUCACGAUGGUAGACAGGACGACGCGCUGGCCUGAGGGCUAUUACCCUCGCCUCUAUCACGUCUGCCGAUGUGGCUCGGGCGUUCAUUGGCACAUGGGUUUUGCGUUUCGCCUGACGGACGGCAACUGGGUGGACAAACUGCCCUGGUUCAUGCUUGGCCUUAGGACCGCCCCCAAGGAGGAUCUGCAGUCCUCGUCUGCCGAGCUUGUUUACGGCCAGGCUUUGCGGGUGCCUGGGGAUUUUAUACCGGAUGCUACGAGACCUUGGUCUGCUACUGAACAGCGGUCCUCCCUGCGGGAGGUGGCCAUGGGGUUUGCGCCUGUUCCUAGGUCGCAGCACUGCUCCCCUGAGUCCCGGAUGCCCGCUGGCCUCCGCUCUGCGUUGUUUGUUUUCGUCCGCCACGACGCCCACCGUGGACCGCUGCGUCCCCCUCAUGACGGCCCGUUUAAGGUUUUGCAGCAUGGGGACAAGAGCCUGGUCGUGGACAUUGGGGGUAGACCUGAAACUAUUUCCGUUGAUAGGAUCAAGCCUGCUCAUGUGGACAUUUCCAGACCGUUGGUGUUGGCCCAAGCCCCACGCCGCGGACGCCCCCCAGUACUUUGUCCCCCUGGUCAGUCGGGAGUUCCUUCGACCGGGACGGUGCCGGCUGCGUCCCCCGCUUCCCUCCCCUCAGCCCCUGCCACUUGUACUCGGAGUGGUCGGGCCAUCAUUCCAUUCCGGAGUGGGGAUUUUGACUAUGGUUGA